GAAAUUAGUUAUUGCCGGGCUUUUUUUAUCGUGAGUGUAAAUUUUAGUGCGAUUUCGUAAUUUAAAUUAAAGAAACUCUAUUAAUUAAAUGAAAAUAAACAAAAAUCAUGUUAAUACCAAGAGUUCAAAACAUAAGAAGAUUGUGUGCUGCAGCCCAUUCUUCGUUUUAUGUAACAACUCCCAUAUUCUAUGUAAAUGCGGCACCCCAUAUUGGACAUCUCUAUUCGGCCGUUAUCGCUGAUGCUGCUUGCCGUUAUGAAAAACUAAAACAUCCUGAACAUGCUCAUGCAGUCACUCUUUGCACGGGUACCGAUGAACAUGGUACGAAAGUUCAGGAGGCAGCCACAUAUCACAACAUACCAGUUGAACAAUAUUGCCAAGAUAUCUCGGCAAGAUAUCGCAGUGUAUUUCAACAAGCCAUCAUACAAAAUACAGAUUUUGUACGCACCACAGAGGAUCGCCACAAAAAGGCGGUUAGUCACUUUUGGCAAACUCUUAAGGACAAAAAUCACAUAUAUUCCGCCAAUUAUGAAGGCUGGUAUUGUGUAUCUGAUGAAACAUUCUUAACCGAGUCUCAACUACGUUUAGACGAGUCAACAGGCCAAAGAUUUUCUUUGGAAUCCGGCCACCCUGUUGAAUGGACUGAGGAACAGAAUUAUAUGUUUCGUUUAUCUAAAUUACAAUCUGAAGUAUUGUAUUGGUUGAAACAGGGUGAUAAGGUGAAACCUUUGAAAUUUGAAAAGAUUUUAUUUGAUAUGUUGUCCGAACCUUUGCCGGAUGUUUCGGUCUCAAGACCAGCUCAAAGAGUACCAUGGGCAAUACCAGUACCCCAUGAUCCUAGUCAAACUAUUUAUGUGUGGCUGGAUGCUCUGGUGAAUUAUCUAACCUCAGCGGGUUACCCGGACCCUAAGUUCAAAACAAAUUGGCCGCCAAAAUUGCAAGUUUUGGGCAAAGAUAUUUUGAAAUUUCAUGGCAUAUAUUGGCCGGCAUUUUUAAUAGCGGCCGGUCUUGAACCACCACAACAACUAUUUGUGCAUUCUCAUUGGACGGUUGAUGGCCAGAAAAUGUCAAAGAGUAAAAACAAUGUGGUCGAUCCAUUAGCGGCUUCUGAAUUGUACACCAUGGAAGGUUUACGUUAUUUUUUGUUACGUGAGGGUGUUGCUCAUAGUGAUGGCAAUUAUAGCAGCAUUAAAGCGAUGCGUAUAUUAAAUGCUGAACUUGCCGAUACUCUGGGUAAUCUUCUAUCACGCGUUUGUGCUAAAUCUCUGAAUCCACGACAAAUUUAUCCUCGUGUUCAUACAGCACAAUUGCGCGAUAUUCUAAAGACGGAUAGUGCACGACAUCUGUGGGAUUCGUUAGAACAACUAGAUGCUAAGUGCACUCAGCAUUAUAAUGAUAGAAAUUUUUAUAUGGUCGCAGAUUGUGUUAUGUCAACAUUACAUGCAGCUAAUAGUUUCUUCGAAACCUCACGUCCAUGGGAAUUGAAAUUGAAAACCAUCACCGACGAUGCAAAAAGAAUUAAAAUACCGCUGCCUCAGUGUGAUGAGAAUGCCUUAAGGCUUGAAACUAUUAUGGCAAUGACAAUGGAUACUUUACGUCUGUGUGGCAUUGUAUUACAGCCCCUAUUGCCGCAACUCUCCACUAGAUUAUUGGAUAAAUUAGGAGUGCCUUGGAAUCAGCGUUUAUGGAAGAAUUUGAAAGACCAUUUUGGUUUGGUGGCCAACAAUGUCAUAGAGCCACCCAUUGAAGGUUGUCUGUCACGUGCCGAUGCUGUGCUCUUUAAACGCAUCAAUCCACCAGAAGAUGACGAUGAUCAAUCGCAGCAGCUGGCGAAACAGUCGAAGAAAGUUCAAGGAAAAAAAUCAAAAACAAAGAAAGGUGCCGAGAAUAAGCAAAUCGCACAAUAGCAUUGUAAAGUUGUUGAGAAAAAAACAUAGACGUUUGUAAUGAAUUUAUUCUAGAGCUGUUGUUCCUUCUCCUCAUCCUGAUGUUCCUGCUGACAAGUUGCGUGCUAAAUUGAGUAGUACAAGUCAAGCAACAUUCUAAUGCUUGACUUGUUUGACUACCUGUUCUUUAAUAUAAUUUAGUCUUAACUGGCACGUAAUAAACUAUAAGUUUUCUUUUUUAUUUAUUUAACUUUAUUUAAUUUAAUUCCUGUUUUACCUUCUUGUUACUGAAGAAAAGCAUUUGUUUAUAUUUGUUAAUAUAAAUAGUCCAAACAGCAAUAAAGAAAAUAUUUAUAAAAAAAAAUUGUGCGUGUUAGUGUUUAAUACACGUAACUCUAAUAAAAAAUUUAAUUGUAUAUUAAA